CGCGUACCGAGGACUGAGAUCCUUGGGCUCCUCAACGGAGCUUUUUCCAUCGAGAGGAUUCCCUUCGUUCAGAAGGAUCCUUGCUCAACAACGGACGCAGGUCGGUUUCACUUGAUGUGAUCUCGGUGUUGUCCAAGUGUUAUUCAUAAAUUACAAGGAUUUCCUUCAUUGUUCUCCUGGACCUUGAACCAUACAAGUUUCCCUAGAAUCUUCAUUCAAAUUUAGCGUAAGAAUUGCAAUAGCGAAUUAGUAGUCUUCCCCAAUAAUCAUCCAAUACGUUAGUUAAAAUCCACUUAAAAGUCCUUUCAAUUCUCUUAAACCUCUGGAAGGAAAUUUUGGUUUGGAAUCGAGCCACCCAGUUUUGCUGAGCCACGUGACUUGAGCUUUAAGGGAUAGAUCCAUAUUCCCCAGUAGCGUUGUGACGUUGGACUCUACGUCAACAGCCCCUUUUAUUUUCCUCUUUCACUUUCGCGCCCUUUUGCUUAUGACUGAGGAAGGAUUGAGCAUUAAAAACUGGCGAUGGACCCUCGAAUCGAGAGGACCUUCCUCUGGUGAUUUUUGGUGACAUUCCUCUGGUGAUCUUUCUGUAAGUAAUCAAAAGAAGAACGUUCUAACCGAUCAAGGAUGAUCUCGAGCGGAAGGUAAACCGGUAACGGAUGUGCGAUGCGUACCAUCGAGGACACUGGAACGGAGUCUACGGUGCCCGUAGCAGCGACGCACCGGACCAUUGCCAGGAAUCACCCUGAUCAUCAAGAUAGGAACAAUAGUAACUUGCACCACGUGCAGCCCUACCAUCAUCACCCGACUGUCCUAGCAGCCGAUAGUAACAACAAUCACGAUCACCAUCAGGAUCUCGAGUCAACUGAUCACCUCGGAGGCCAGCCUCACGACCACUGGAACAAGUGGCAACUGCAUUCGCCGAGUGGCGAUAGUGACAACAGCAACGGUAGUCAACGUGCUGUUGUAGUUCCUCGAGCUGAGGUCGAACAACAACAUCGCCAAAGACAUCAAAGACAAGCUUCCGUAACCAAUACUAUUCCUGCAUUAACUUCUACCAAUCACUCUUCAGCCAUCACAACCACCACCGCCUUCACCGUAGCGUCAAGCAUGCUUCUCUUGCAAACACAGAGUCCUUUCGGAUGCAGUAGUUUCGCGGAUUUGCUAAGCGGCGCUUACACGGACUCCACGGAUGCCGGAAGUCUGCCAGAAGAGCUUGAUCCUUUUCCGGAAUUGCAGCUAGGUAACCCUCAGGACGUUAAUAACUCUGAGGAUCCACCCUCGCAAAAUCAGCAUACCGUUCAUUCUCAACCACCACCCCUCCCCGGAGACGUGCAAGCGGACUCAUUAAGUCCGACUCCGCUCCCUAGUUUUGAAGAGACAUACACAGUUCAACGAUAUCGCCAAGAGCUUCAAAGUCUGGGGAUCAAGAUGGAUGAAGACUGUUACGAUGAAGUUUACCCAUGCACGGGAACUUCAUUUACACCAGACUUUUCCCAAGCAGUAUCCUACCAAAACCACCAUAACCAACACCAACCACACCAUCCACCCCAUCCCCAACAGCCACCACCACACCAUCAUCAACAGCACCCUGUAAAUCACCAUCAUCCUCAACAGCAGCCGUCCCACCUUCAUCAACCACAACAAACACAUCAUCACCACAUGGAAUUCUUUUCCACGGAAUCAGCACCAACGCCUGCUGCAGUUCCUACACCAACGAAUCAUCCAGAAUCGCCUUAUGCAGCAGUACCUCUUGUUUAUGGACCUCCAGCCAGUGUUACCGGAAGCGGGACAUCACCAGCCACGCCAACUGAUUUUCGAACUGCUGUUGGUAGCACGGUUGUCGUUCCUGGAACCCCACGUCUACGAAGAUCAUCCUUACCACCUCAAAGGUCCGAGUCCACGAGCAGUAGCGAAUCGCCAAAACUGAGAGGUAGUGGUUCGGCAAGUUCAACGACAGGAUCACCAUCUCCUGGUGGUGAACGAGCACCACCAAGUCCGAGCCAAUUAUGUGCCGUAUGUGGCGAUACCGCAGCAUGCCAACAUUAUGGAGUUCGAACUUGCGAGGGUUGUAAAGGAUUUUUCAAAAGGACAGUGCAGAAAGGCUCCAAGUAUGUCUGUCUUGCCGAAAAAGCUUGUCCUGUUGACAAACGCCGAAGAAAUCGUUGCCAGUUUUGCCGCUUCCAGAAGUGCCUCUUAGUUGGCAUGGUCAAGGAGGUUGUGAGGACAGACUCUUUGAAAGGACGCCGAGGUCGACUCCCUUCUAAGCCAAAAUCGCCCCAGGAAUCACCACCGAGUCCCCCAGUUUCACUAAUCACGGCCCUCGUUCGUGCUCAUGUUGACACAACUCCUGAUCGCUCAAAUCGCGAUUUUUCCCAGUGUCGAGAUCCAUCCCCUGGUGAACCACCAAUGACAGAACCAGAGAAGACUCAGCAAUUUUACAACCUGUUAACUUCUUCAGUUGAUGUCAUCAGGAACUUUGCUGAAAAAAUACCUGGGUUUCUUGACCUGACACCUGAAGAUCAGAAAUUCCUCUUCCUUUCUGCGAGCCUGGAACUUUUUGUACUAAGGCUGGCGUAUCGUACAAAAGUGGAUGACACCCGGUUGACUUUUUGCAAUGGAGUAGUCCUCACACGAGAUCAAUGUGAAAAAUGUUUUGGCGACUGGCUUCAAGGAAUAAUGGACUUUUGUCAAGGUCUUCAUGCCCUCGAUGUUGAUAUUAGCGCCUUUGCCUGUCUUUGCGCUCUCACGCUCGUUACUGAAAGGCAUGGUCUUCGAGAACCACAAAAGGUGGAGCAACUUCAAAUGAAGAUAAUCUCUUCUUUACGUGAUCACGUGACCUACAACGCAGAGGCGCAAAGAAAAGCCCACUACCUGUCCCGACUUCUUGGUAAACUUCCGGAACUCCGAAGUUUGUCAGUUCAAGGUCACCAGAGGAUCUUCUAUCUGAAGUUGUUAGACCUUGCGCCAGCGCCUUCGUUCAUUGAAGAAAUGUUCAUGGCCACCUUGCCCUUUUAAAGCCAGUGUAAAUCGAGCACUCUAGGGCAUUCUUACUCGGUCAAUAAUCGAUUAAAACGAUUUCAUUGUCCGUACCUGAGUUGCUUCAGUUCGUAGACUAUUCUUGCGUAGUAAAUCUUCGGUGUUUCCGUUCCCUGUGUGUUGUCCAUCUAGUAUUUGAUUUUCGUUCUACGGACAAGUCACCGUGAAGAAUGUGAAAGAGAUAUAAUAUAAAUAUAUGUAUAGAAAGAAGGAAGAAAGACCAAGAAUGUGUGUCUGUCAAGAUGAAUGAAUCAGUAUUUGUCUAUUGAAGUAUGAAUGAAAAAGGCGAGAAUGUAUAUGAGUAAGUGCUCUUUGAGAGAUGUUCGGGCGUCGCGAAAUACUCGCUAAAGCUAUCUGAGAUUAUCAACUUUGAUCGAUCUACUUUGUUUAUAAAAAAUAGGGUGGUAUAUAUAAUAUAUACUAUGAAAGUGCUUAUGUUUAUAUAGAUUAUAUAUCGCACGGUAUUUAAAAGAAUCCGUGUUAGUUAGGGAUGUGCCCGGAUAUCCGGAAGGCUGUUUUUAUAUAAUGACGACUAGUAAUUUUUUUUACGCAUCCUGGAAAGUUACCAGAAUAUUCUUACGACUUUGUUACAUUUUUAUUAAGGAUCGUAGAUCGUAAAUUGCUUUUGUCAAUUUCAAGUCCCCUUAUUUGUAAUUUUUCACCGAGUUUCUACUAAUUUAAGAAGUGUCGGGUACCGGAUAUUCACCCAUCCCUAGCAGUAAAUCCUUGUUUCCGGUUCGAUGGAACGUUCGUCUUCACCGACGAUGAUUUUGUGCUUUACAGAGGACCUGAAUUGAGAAUUGAAGGAGUAAUCCUAAAUUCCUGAAUCAGGCUGCCCACAUUAACUUCGAUUAAGAAUUUCAUAAGCCACAAGAAAAACGAAACAAUACUCUAACUGAAAUUAUGCUACAAUUGUCGACUCAAUGGUCUCGAGGCGAAACUCUGGCGAAAAAAAAA